AUGAAAGUCUCCCCACAGCCCGCCUCCGUCCACGACGUCAACGAACAUGACGACCCAAUUCUGCACACCAAACGCUCUGCCACCCGGGUUUCGAAGAGACCAAGGCACUCCGAUCCAGGGCCCAGAUUAGCAAGCUUGAAGUGCGGAAACGAUCACAAGUCUCAGGGAGACCGAAAAGCCAAGGCGGAGGCUCAACCAAGCUUGAUAAUCGGAAAAUCACGCUGCCAUGGACCCAUCAAGACGUUGGUUACUACGUACAAAGGGAAAGCCCCCCUAACCAUCUUCAGUACUAGCAAGGACCAGACCGACCAAAGCAAUGAAAUUGAAGGCACCUGCUUUCGCAAGAUCUUUCUGACUGACGAAACCGAGAUUUUGAACCCGACUGCCAUAUAUGAGAGGCAGCGAUGUGUGAAGCUGGUUAUCCUGAUUUCGCACGCGGAUGAGAUUUAUGAGAACCCGACGAUCUUUGUUGAGCAGCGGGUGUAUGGGCGCGGCUCUAGCGCCCAACACCAAACCCAAACCCAAACUCAGACCGUCGCCCAAGAGUUGAUGUUCGGUAAACUAGUCCAGCUCGGUGUCGAGUAUCUCUUCCCCGGCUGUGGUGAUGAAGACCCGACAUUGGGGAAGCGGGAUCUGUUUGUUCGAUUCCAGUCUCUGGACGAGUCGGUCUUCAGUCAGUAUAUCAACCGCGCAAGAUGGUACGGGUAUGAUGUACACGAAAGUAUUCGAAUUGACGACAAGAUGCUCGAAACUGGAGUCGAGUAUAUUAUCCCACCACCCACCGGGAUUGGCCCUGGCUCGUGUAUCGGAUUUCUCGAUGAUCAUUGUCAUUGGUUGGGAAGUACUUACCACAGUAUUUUCGGCGACUUGACAGAGGUUCAAAAACACCAUAUUCUUUAG